UUUGUAGUCUUCACAAAGCUUAGCAUCUAAAACCAAUUCCUCUCCUUAGCCACCAAGAAACCAAUAACUCUACAUAAACAAUUCAAGCUUCUCCAUUUUCAAGCUUUAAUCUUUCCAUCUUCACCUGAAAACCAAAAAAAAAACAAGAACCUGUUACACACAAACACAAUUCAGAUUACAGAAUUUUUUUGAGAUAUGAGUGCAGAUUGGGGACCUGUGAUCGUGGCAGUGGCACUGUUCAUCCUACUCUCACCAGGAUUGCUCUUUCAGCUACCAGCGAGGACAAGAGUGAUGGAGUUCGGGAACAUGAGCACAAGCGGCAUUUCGAUUUUGGUCCACGCCAUUAUAUAUUUCUGUAUACUCACUAUCUUGAUCAUAGCCAUACAAAUUCACAUCCAUUUCUGAUCCUCUACUGUAACAAAGGCAAGCUUAUUUGGAUUCAAAGUUCGCCUUUUUCCGCUAUUUUUUCUUUUCUUUCUAAUCUCUGAUUCUUGGCUCAAAGGCUUUCAAGCAGGGUGACACCAAAAGAGGUUGUACGCAAAUAAAAUCUGUAAUUUUUGUAUCCCAUAACUUAAUUUCUAAAGUCUAAGUAGCUCCAGUCACACAUCAAUUGGGAUAAAAACAUUUCUGAACUCUCGUGGCAUGUAAUAAUGCAACAUAAAGCAUCUUUUUUUUGGCUUAAAAACUCGAUUGUUUCCACAAAUUUUCACUAAAAUCUCUGAUCUUUUGCUGAUAUUGUA